GAAGCACGUCUCGACCAUGCGCCCAACCUCUGAGUAGGAGCACCACACACUGGCUCUGGAAAGCCCCUUACGUUCACAGGGGACACCAACCCUCUUCUCAAAGGCUUGAUAUUCGAAAUUGCUUGGAUCACAGCAGUAGCAGGGACCUGGAACUCUAAAUUGUGCCAUAUCCUUGAAGAUCUUCCCGUUUCAUCUGUUGGCCUCACCCUCUCUCCUCCCUCUUCCUACCUCUCCUGCUUGCUCUCUCACUUUACUCCCUCAGUCUUUAUUGGGUUCUGUGGAGAUAAGCAGCAGGGCAGAUGGUCAUCAGUCUACAGAGUGGACCCUGAGGGGACAGGCCAUGGGCUGCUGCAGCGUGACACAGCGGCAUGGCGGGACCGAUGAAGUGGGGCCGGAUGAGAUCGAGUUGCUCGAGAUUGAUGGCAUGGGAGUGUGGAGCCUGGGAGAGUCCAAGCUGCAAAUCAGUGUGAAGAAUGGAUCAGGAGAGAUGCCCCUUCGCUGCCCAUCCAUGCGGCAGCUCAAACAGGGGAGUGCAGAUCCUGUUUCCCCUUUGAAAUGCCCGGAAAGUCCUCAGUUACAGGCUAUUCUCUGGGGUAGGAGCAGGCAGGAACUCCAUCACUGGAUCUACUCCAGGUCCAUCAGGGCCUGGGAGGGACACCCAGCACCUUUUUAUGGAGAGAUUGUUUGGUCAUCCCUCGUCUUCCUCCACAAUCAGUACACCCAGGAAAGAAGUGAGCGAUACUUAGUCCUUUUUUCUUUCCACUUGCUAAUCUUGGCCUUAGACAAUACCAGACAGGAAUUCAUCUAUGAGGGCAUCCUCCCCCUCUCUGGAACAUCAGCACAAGCCCUCUCUCUAGAUGCUAUCACGGCCAAUGCAUUUGAGUUAAGUGGACCCAUGGUGGAAUCCAGGGUAUUUAUCUGCAGAAGCAGUACCGACAGGGUGACAUGGCUGGACAGCAUCGAGGAGAGGAGGGACCGGGCCCUGAGACUGCAGUUAAGCCCCUCCCAUAGUGCCCUGUCCUACCUGGUGCCAUGUGAUGAGAGCUGGAAGAAGGAGGAGCUGAGAAGGUAUCUGCUGCGUGCCCCUAUCUGGCAAUGGGAGGGCACACCCAUACAACACAUGGGCCCAAUAGUCUACCUAUCAGUGGCCCACAUCCUCAACACACAGAGACAGACCCCUCAGGAACGCUUGUUAGUGCUUUUCACUGAAGAUCUCCUCCUGCUGUCCAUUGACAGUCGUCGGGUCAGGAUGAAAUACGAGGGUAGACUACCACGCAACAGCAUCAAAGCUCUGGAGAGGUCCGCCUUAUCUGGGAGGCUGGAGUUUGAGCUCACAGGUGACCUCAUGGACCCUCUGUUAGUGUCUUGCACUUCUCCUGAAGACUACCAGAACUGGGUCUUCCAGCUGCAACAGCCUGAGCAGAAUGACAUGUCCAUCACAGAACAACCUCCACCACUAGCACCCAAGAAAUGCAGGAGCUGAGGAGGCACAGCCAGAGGGAAAGGCCCACCUACAUGUAGGUCAGGUUGGCAUGAACAUGGCUUGAGCCCAGAACAAGGGCAUGCCAAAGGAUGAAAGUAAUAUGUCAUUGCUGCUUUUCUGAAAACAAGUUGCUUUCCUUGAAAGUCUUGAAAGGCAGCAGGUGCCCGGUUAUAAGCAACUGUGUAGGAUUCUGUAUAGGCUAGAUGGAACUCCCAGAACACUUGAGAGCAAAGCACAGAGGAUGAUCCACUUGAAGUGAAUAAGAAACUUUAGUCCUGUGUUUCAACCAUAAGCAACUGGGGAUUUUCCAGAUAUUCAUUCUUACCAUUGCUUCAGAAGUUCAAAACAUGUGCUUUAACUUUACAAAACUUGCAGCAGGUUUUGAAUGUACACACCAUGUUACAAAAUGUGACUUUUUUGUUAGAAAGAUAAAACUUUUUUCCCUUAAAUGUAUCUGAUCCAUGCAAAAAAUAUGGUACCCCUGACAAAUGUAGAAAACAUAAUUCUGGCAGGUUUCACUUUGUUGCUAGAUAAAUUUAACUGCAGUUUGUACAUGACUUUGUAUUUAUUAUUGUAUAUAUUGCACAUUAAUUAACCAAAUAUGGCCUGCAGUUACAUUCUGAAUGCAUACACAUGCAAAGUUUUUAGGCAAAUGUAUGCCUCAAAUAAAAGUGUUG